UCAACGCAAGCCAGUUUUCUAACGAAUUUGGUGGAUUUUGGAGUUCCAAUAUUUGUGCCAACAUGGCUAAUUUGCAGGGAAAACUGGAGGCUGAAGUCGAACUGAAAGCACCAGCUGACAAGUUCUACAAGAUUUGGAGGAGCGAAACCCACAAAAUGCCCACCGCCACCUCCAAAAACAUUCAAGGAAUUAAAGUUCACGAAGGUGACUGGGAUCAACAUGGAGCUAUCAAGAUUUGGAAUUACACCGUUGAAGGAAAAUCCGAAGUGUUCAAAGAGAAGGUCGAGUUCGAUGACGACAACAUGUCAUUCACCCUCCAUGGCAUCGAGGGCCACAUCUUUGACACGUGGAAGGUCUUCAAAGCGGCUUGCAAAGUCGUCCCAAAGGGGCAAGGCAGUGUGGCCAAGCUGAGCAUGGAGUACGAGAAGUACAAGGAGAGUGACCCUAGCCCCGACAAGUACAUGGCUGUGCUCGUCGAUAUGACCAAGGAUAUCGAUGCUCACAUUGCAAGCGCAUGAAGGAAAAGAUCAUGUCACGACUAUUAUCGGAUAUGAAGUAGCGCUAUAUAAUGCUUGAGAUUUCUGAUACUUCCACGUAUGGCGAUGAUCCAAUAAAUCAAGCUGGUUGAUCAGGUGAUCUGAAGUUUAGUUGGGUUUGGAAAUAUGAGAUUUCGUGUAUUGUGUUCAUGUGGUAUUGUGUUUGUAAUAAAACGCGCUUGUGGUUUUUGCAAAAUGAUUUGUUUGGGGGAAGCUAGCA